AGGCUUUUAAAUUUUAUAAUAGUUCUAGUAUUCAUGAGACAUAUAGAAUCGGACGUUUCCGAUUUUAAAGUAAUACAUGAGAUACAUUUGCACUUGUUUUAAAAUGGAAUGGGUGUCUCUUGUCCCCUUUUUCUUUUUUCUUUUCUUUAUUCUUUUCUUUUCUUUUUCUUUCAAUGACAAAACCUUCUUAUUUUAAUCAAGAACAAAAACCUACUUUACCCUCCAUUAUCGAUAUUCUUUCCUGUAAUAACGAACAAUCAAAAUACGAUUGUCUACUUUAUGAGUCUGCUUAUAAAGAUUUACAACAUGAGAGCAAUAACAAAAGGAGAAUAUCAUGUUUAGAUAGCUCUUCUUUUAUCAAAGAAAAGAGUGAAAUACUAAUAAAUAAUGAUCGUACAAAAAGAAAGCAAGCUGAACAGCAAAAAAGGAAAAAGAGACUUGUAAAACAAAAUAAAUGUCAUUCAUGUCAAAGCACUGAAACACCAGAAUGGCGUAAGGGACCUUUAGGACCUCGCACACUGUGUAAUGCAUGUGGUUUAAUAUGGACAAAGCUUUGUAAACAAUCUUCAAUAGAGGAAAAUAAGAAAUUAACAUCGGCAGUAACAACAACUUCAGCCUCAACAUCAACAUCGACAAGCCACAAUAAUAAUAAUAAUAACAAAUAUAAAUUAUCAUUUUUAUUAACAUAAUAAUAAAAAAAUAGAGUGUUAAAUUUAAACACUUGGAUAAGUUGCUUGUACACUACGUUUAAUACGUAACAU